AUCCUCGAGCAAUGUCUGUGUUUCCAGGAGCCAGGAGGAGAGUCCUUGAAGAAGCUCGUUGAGGAGCGGAUGUGAGGGAGGACAGCAGCAAAGCGUUUGGGAUCUGGAGAAGUCUGGAUAUAAAGGCUGACCGGGACAGGUUGAGGCUCAGACUGGUGGAGCCCUGCUCAUCUUAACCAACACUUCCCCAAACAACUGACCAAGUUUGACACGGCACGCGAGAGGAGGAUGAGCAUGCGUGGAGCGGUGGCGGGUUGCGUGGUGCUGGUGUGCCUCCUGGCUCUGGUGGUGGAGAGGACAGAGGGACACAUCACCUUCUUCAGUCCCAAGGAGAUAUUGAAGAUGAAGCAGAACGGUAAGAAAGACAUGGAGACUCGGUCAGAGAACGGCCAGUUGGAAGAGGUCACCGUCCAGCACGCCCCUCUGAUGGAACACGACGGACUUCCUGACGAGAAGUUGGAGGUAGCUGCCCGCCUUUUACCCAGACAGGUGGAUCACGUGGCCCCGGUGCUCGAGGAGAUCAUCCAUGAAAUAGUGGAGCAGAGUCGGAGAGGUGACUGGCGCCAUCUUGAAUUGUCCUCGAUUUAGAAAAGUGUGUGUGUGUGUGUGACCACCUUUCCUCUCUUACAUCCGUGUCUCUGCAGACAAAUAGCGAGGCCUCGGGCGCCGCAGGGAGGAAAAGUCGUGUAAAUUGUCAAGGAAAGCACUGAAUGCUGUCGAUGUUUCAUUGUGUCUAAAUGAAUCAAAAGAAUAAAGGGAAGUGAUUGUAUCGUG